AUGACUUGCCAGACCUACAGCUUCUUUGUUCUGUCUAUUGUCAUGAUUUAUUUUGGACGUUUUGGAAACAGCUUAGUUCUUGCUCAACUUCAAAAAGAUAUAGACCAACUGAAAGCUGAUUUUAACUCAAGUCAUUCAGAUGUAGCUGACGGUGGGCCUAUUUUUACAGACAAACUGGCAAACUGGACAGAGAGAAAUGAAAAAAGGAUCAUCCUGAGCCAGAUUGUUUCCAUGUACUUGGAAAUGCUCAAUAAGACUGACAAGUCAAAGGCGCACGUCAGACACAUAGCUGAGGAGCUCUACACUCUGAAAGAUAGCAUUGGUGAUGGCUCAAAGAAGGUGGAAGACAUGAUGUACCUAGCAAAACUUCAGAUGAGUGACUCGAAAAUUCAACGUAAAGCUGUGAAUGAGCUGUUCAAUGUCUUACACAAACUGGUGGAGACUCCAACUUCUACCAAAAGGAAAAGGAGCCAGUCGCAGCGGAGGUGCAAAUGCUAAUGAGAUCACGUGCCCUUUUGUACUGAGUUAUUGUGCAAA